AUGACUAUCCCGGGACCAACAGGAUUAUCCCGGGACCAACAGGAUUAUCCCGGGACCAACAGGAUUAUCCCGGGACCAACAGGAUUAUCCCGGGACCAACAGGAUUAUCCCGGGACCAACAGGAUUAUCCCGGGACCAACAGGAUUAUCCCGGGACCAACAGGAUUAUCCCGGGACCAACAGGAUUAUCCCGGGACCAACAGGAUUAUCCCGGGACCAACAGGAUUAUCCCGGGACCAACAGGAUUAUCCCGGGACCAACAGGAUUAUCCCGGGACCAACAGGAUUAUCCCGGGACCAACAGGAUUAUCCCGGGACCAACAGGAUUAUCCCGGGACCAACAGGAUUAUCCCGGGGCCAACAGGAUUAUCCCGGGACCAACAGGAUUAUCCCGGGACCAACAGGAUUAUCCCGGGACCAACAGGAUUAUCCCGGGACCAACAGGAUUAUCCCGGGACCAACAGGAUUAUCCCGGGACCAACAGGAUUAUCCCGGGACCAACAGGAUUAUCCCGGGACCAACAGGAUUAUCCCGGGACCAACAGGAUUAUCCCGGGACCAACAGGAUUAUCCCGGGACCAACAGGAUUAUCCCGGGACCAACAGGAUUAUCCCGGGACCAACAGGAUUAUCCCGGGACCAACAGGAUUAUCCCGGGACCAACAGGAUUAUCCCGGGACCAACAGGAUUAUCCCGGGACCAAAAUACAACAGGAUUAUCCCUUAUAUCAGACCAAAAUACAACAGGAUUACCCCUUAUAUCAGACCAAAAUACAACAGGAUUACCCCUUAUAUCAGACCAAAAUACAACAGGAUUACCCCUUAUAUCAGACCAUUCGAAGGUUUUAGAAUAG